AAGAGUUCGCUAAAAAUUGACACAAACAAUACCAGUUUUCUUACAAUAGUUCUCGAUUAUACUUUUCGAUAAAGCAAAUUGAACACAAAAUGAUGCGAAAAACAUUGAAUUAAAUUUAUCGCACUUAUGUUUAUUAUUUUAGUUAUUAUUGCAUCAAAUAUUUUAUUGUGUUAAGUGAUUUUCAUUUUAGUAUAAAAUGUUUAUAAACGAAGUGCCGAAUAAUGCAGAGUUAUCUGCGAUCAUUGUCAGUGAACUGCGAGAUAUGUAUGGAAUCAAAUUCAGAAAAGAGAAAAAAUUGAAAAGCCAACAACAUUCAAGUCAUCAUAAAAUCUUCGGAGUGCCAUUAAAUAAUUUAGAAUUCACUGAUGUCAAACUAUCAAAUGGAUCGUUGUGCCGAAUUCCGAUGUUUUUAUCUGACGCUUGUUCACGUAUCAUGGACCAAAUUGAACUGGAAGGCAUUUUUCGAAAGGCUGGAUCGACUAUUCGCCAGAAGGAAAUUCGGGAAAAAAUAGAGUUGGGAAUUUGGGAUGAUUCGUAUAAUGUAAUUGACAUUGCAAGCAUUUUGAAAUAUUUUUUCCGUGAACUACCCGAUCCACUGCUGCCGCCAGGAAAUUUCCAAGAAACAAUACUUCGUUGUUUAAUCGGAAAAAAUACAAAUGAACGAAAGAUCUCUGCAAUAAAAAUGGUCUGUUUGUUACUACCAAAUGUGGUCUUGAACACUUUGGUCUAUUUCAUGCAGUUUUUGAAUUUAGUUUCACUGCAUUCAACUUCGAAUAAAAUGUCAACAAAAAAUUUGGCCAUCAUAUUUGCACCAGGACUAAUGCCCAUCAACGAAAGCUACGGCCAACGGUUGGUAUCGCAUGUGCAAAUUAUUGAGAUAUUGAUCGACAAUGCUCAUGAGCUGGGUUUGGUGCCAUCCCAUUUGCAACAUCGUCUUCCAAGCCUAGAUUUACCCACUGAUCCAUUGAAUUUUACGAUGUUUUCUUCGGGCUCCGAAACACGACGCUCAAUUGAUCGUGUGAAAGUACCAGAAACUGAUAUCAAAAAGAAAAAGAAACGCCGCAGCGGCUCACUGACACGAAUGUUCAAUGGUUUUCGAAAAAUUGUCGGCGCAACAAUUAUCGGUACAUCUACAGAAAAUUUAGAUGAUAGUCACGAAAACGAAGUCCAAUCAACGCCAUGCAUAAACAAAUCGAAAAAACGUAGAACUUUGGAAACUGGCGCUUUCAGUUCGAAAAAGAAGAAAGAUGUGCUUGCCUUAUUACAACCAACCGGACUAGCCGGCGGAAUCUUACCAUCAACACCAAUGGCAUGCAGUAAAAAUAAGCCAACAAAGAAAAGUCGAUUGAGUUUGGGUGGAAAACGUUAUACAAAAAAUGCAUCACAGCAUUCCAACGGUCCUAAGUCUUCAAUUGUCUCGUCGUUGGAAAGGAGAUGGAGUUUUAUGGUUUCAGGCAAUGGCAAUGGUCCACGUGAAAAUCAAAAGACAUCGUUGAAUACGAUUCAAGACACCUCAACAUCGGUCGCUCAGCCAGAACCAAAUGAUAAAUGCGAGCAGGCGUGGGAAGCGCAAAUAACAAAAAGUGAAUACGAAGAAAUAAAAGAUCGCGUUAAAGCUAUCGAAUCAAGAAUUUCAAAAGAAUUUACCAAGCUACAGUCUUCAUUGGCAAAUAAUUCAAUUGACUCGGUUGACACAAAUGACACACGCAAUGGUCCGGAACGUGUUUUAGAAAAAUUCGAACGAACAUUAGAAGAAACGGAACUAAUGAAUACAUCGCCAAUGAUGACAGAACAACUGGCUAAUCACUUGAGUCGUGGCUUGAAAAUUCGUUCAAGCACCGAAAACAGAAUAAUCAGAUCACCGAGUGCACGUAAAAUUGGAAAUAUUCGACGCAAAUCACAGGAAAACGUUAGGCUUACACGAAAUAAAUCAUGGCACCUAGGACCGAAUUCGUCACCGCGUAUAUCAAGAGGAGCACGAAUAAUAAGAAAAUCACCACUGCAACAAGUUACACUACAAAGUCCAAAUGUUGAAAAACAUGUUCAAAUACCGCGUGCAAAUUUAAAACGUGGUCGACCAAACACAUUCGCAAACGGAUUGCGUUGCACGCAACAGGCGACCGAAAACAUAAAAUCUGCAGAAAAAAAGUCGAAUACAUUCGUUGUCAGUGACAACACAACGGAUAACAACAGAACAAUAGAUUUAAGCAAUGACUUGAAAAAUGAACAAUGGAUGUGCGCAGAAAACUUUUUUGAUGGCAUGCAAACUCCCGGCAUGACUGAAGAAAAUCCCAUAAACACAUCAAGAAGUAGUACAAAAACGUCAACCACAAAGGUGAAACCAUGUCGAAAACGUUUAAAUAUGAACUUUGACAUUACUCCAACAAAUCAACAAAACAACUCAAAUACGCCUCGAUCAGCGAACAAAAAUAAUAUUUCAGUGAUCGAUACAAUGAAAACACCAAUGCUUCCGCCACGUUUGCCAUUGGUUAAAAAAACACCAGCAAAAACACCACACUCUGUUCUGGCGAAUCGAAAUGUUUUUACACCACUUUGGCAACAGGAGCAGCAGCAAAUCGCUGGGCGAGCAUCGAUUGCAAGGUUACGCAGUCAAAAUGCAGGUAUGGUAAUGGCCAAAGCGAAAUUGUUCGAUGGACUUGUAACGGAACAGCCGAACGUGAAAAAAAAUCCACGUAUAAUCAAAACAGAUACUCAGAAUAACAAUCAAAGCGAUCAAGAAAAUAAACCGUAUUUGGAUCCAAGUAUUCGUAGUCGAUUGAAUCAAUCACGUUCAGCCAAUAACAGUCCUCGGCGUAAUAAAGCCACCAUGAGCGGUGUUCACCGUAGACAACAGCUCAGGGCACAUCGUCACACGCCCAUAAAAAAGACACCAAUUAAUCUCGAUAAGAAUUUAUUGACAAUUACCGGAAACAAUCACCGUUCUCCGGCAAUCCAAAGUCCACUGACCCGUCGAAUCGGGAUAGAUGCCACUCCGCAUGCCAAAGGUGCAACUAUGAUUGCAAAACCACCUCGACGAAUUAUUACCCCACAAAAUAAACGAAAACCACUCUAAAAGAUGCUGUAUAUUUUCUAAGCAACAGUUAAAUUGUUAAUUUCAAAUAAUGUCUUUGUUUGCAUUUCUUAACGUUUUAUAACAUUCUUAGAUAUUUAUUUGUGAUUCUAUGCUCAUUUUUUGUUGUUGUAUCCACAGUUAUGGAUUCCACACUGCCCAAAUCAAAGAGAAUACCUUCUAACAAAUCGUUAAAUUUAUUGUGACAAAUUAUAAUUUGAAAGAAAAGUCAAAUGCGAAAAUGGAAAUAAAUAAAAUUGACGACUUAGGAAAUUUCA